ACUCAGCACCACCACCACAAGCUCUAAAAGCUAGCACAAGCAACCCAACCCACUUCUCAGUUUCUCUCUUAGCUGAAGUUUUUGUUUUCACAAAACAAAAACAGAUAUAUCACUUAGCUAGUUUUUGCAUGGCAGUGAGCUUGUUGGCACAUGUGGUAAUAUCAGACCUCUGCCUUGGCAAGCCGGCCUUGAGGUCCUUACCCAUCUCAGCCACCAUUGCUGACGCCUUGGCUGCUUUGAGAAACUCUGAAGACAACUUCAUCAGCAUAUGGGACUGUGCUGAUCACCACGCUGCUCACUCAGUCUCAGUUAAUGUUGGUGGUGAUCACCGGAGCUGUACAUGUAAAUGUGUUGGCAAGGUGUGCAUGGUAGAUGUGAUAUGCUAUCUUUGCAAAGAUGACAGCUUGUUGUCUCCUUGUACAGCUCUUAAGGCACCUGUCUCUGCAAUCUUGCCAAAGAUUCCGGGACUCGUGAUGCAUUUGGAACCAUCUUCAAGCUUAUUAGAAGCCAUUGAUCUCAUCCUUGAAGGAACCCAGAACCUAGUGGUACCAAUACAAACCAGAAUAAGCAACUAUUCAAGAAGAAAACAGCUUCAAAAGCCAUCAACCACAGGGUUUGCAACUACCAUCCACAACGGCUUUGAAUACUGUUGGCUAACUCAGGAGGACAUAAUCCGAUUCCUCCUCAGCUCUAUUGGCCUAUUCUCUCCAAUUCCAGCACUCUCUAUUGACACUCUUGGCAUUAUCAACACUGACAUCUUAGCCAUUGACUAUCACUCUCCAGCCUCAUCAGCAGUAAAAUCUAUAUCACGUUCACUAGCUGAACAAACUUCUGUUGCUGUUGUUGACAGUGAGGGAACUUUGAUAGGGGAGAUCUCGCCAUUCACGCUCGCCUGCUGCGACGAAACGGUUGCUGCAGCCAUCACAACCUUGUCCUCUGGGGACCUAAUGGCUUACAUUGAUUGUGGAGGGCCUCCAGAAGAUUUAGUCAGGUUGGUUAAAGCAAGGUUGAAGGAAAAGAAUCUAGAUGGCAUGUUGGAAGCUUAUAUUCAAUCAGCUUAUUCAAGUAGCACUUCAUCUUCAUCUGAUGAUGAGUCUUCGUUGUCUCCUCCAAGGUCAGGAAAGUAUAGCAGGUCUAUGAGUUACUCGGCCAGGAUGGUGAGGAGGGCAGAGGCAAUAGUUUGUCACCCCAAGAGUUCUUUGGUGGCAGUGAUGAUUCAAGCAAUUGCUCAUCGUGUGAAUUAUGUUUGGGUUAUCGAGGAUGAUUGUAGCUUGGUUGGAAUUGUCACAUUUUGUGAAAUGUUAAAGGUUUUCAGGGAACAUUUAGGGUCAAUGGGUUAGAAAGUUUUGGGCUCAUCCUCAUCAUCUGGCGGUGGGCUAAGAUAAUGGUAGGGGAAAAGGUUAAAAAGCAAGAAAGUGUUGUGAAUAUGAGACUUUUUUGGUUUUAAUAUUAUUGAAGUUGGGUCUUUGUUUGUAUGAUUAA